UACGACACUCAGCAAAUUGACAUUGCUGAAUUUGAGGGCAUAGCAUGGAACCAGCUUUAAAAAAAUCUCGUUCUGAUUCAAAAAAUCCAUACCUAUCUCACUUAGAAGAUGGUAGUAAUGGUUUAGAUCGUGUUUCUUCCAACGGAUUAACUAGACGUGCUACGACGGUCGAAGCCGUUGAAAAAGCAGAAAAUGGACCUAACAACCCUUUCAACGACGAAAUUUUUAGCGAAAAAUACUUCGCAAUCUUGGAUGGAAGACGUCAAUUGCCUGUGCAUCAGCAAAGGGAGGAAUUCUUGAAACUUUACCAUGAAAACCAAAUCAUCGUAUUCGUCGGUGAAACGGGAUCAGGUAAAACUACUCAAAUUCCUCAGUUUGUUUUAUACGACGAGUUGCCACAUUUAACUAAUACUCAAGUUGCUUGUACCCAACCUCGUCGUGUUGCAGCUAUGUCAGUUGCUAAGCGUGUUGCAGAUGAAAUGGAUGUGAAGCUUGGAGCAGAAGUUGGUUAUAAUAUUCGUUUCGAAGACUGCAGUGGUCCCAACACCCUUUUGAAGUAUAUGACUGAUGGUAUGCUGCUACGCGAGGCCAUGACCGAUCAUACGCUCUCAAAAUACUCCUGCAUUAUUCUUGACGAAGCACAUGAAAGAACUUUAGCUACUGAUAUCCUGAUGGGUCUUAUGAAACGUGUAGCCCAAAAAAGACCCGAUUUAAAGAUUAUCGUCAUGUCUGCAACCCUAGAUGCUAGAAAAUUCCAAAAGUACUUUUUCGACGCUCCUCUACUAGCAGUUCCAGGACGAACAUUUCCUGUCGAAAUAUAUUAUACCCAAGAUCCUGAACGUGAUUAUUUAGAGGCGGCUCUUCGUACUGUCCUUCAAAUCCAUGUUGAGGAAGGUCCUGGUGAUAUUUUAGUUUUUCUUACUGGUGAAGAAGAAAUCGAGGAUGCUUGUCGUAAAAUUGCAUUAGAAGCUGACGAAUUGCUUCGAGAAGGAGCUGCAGGUCCUUUGAAUGUAUAUCCUUUGUAUGGUUCUUUACCACCGAACCUACAACAACGCAUUUUUGAGCCAACGCCAGAAGAUUCUAAAUCUGGUUAUGGUCGCAAAGUAGUUAUUUCUACAAAUAUAGCUGAAACGUCACUUACAAUUGACGGAAUUGUUUAUGUCGUUGACCCUGGAUUCAGUAAACAGAAAAUUUACAAUCCUCGCAUACGUGUUGAAUCUCUUUUAGUGAGUCCUAUCAGUAAGGCUAGCGCACAACAACGUGCAGGCCGUGCAGGCCGUACCCGUCCAGGUAAGUGUUUCCGACUUUAUACCGAAGACGCAUUUCGUAAGGAAUUAAUUGAACAAACUUAUCCGGAAAUUCUUCGGAGCAAUCUUUCCAGCACCGUUUUAGAAUUGAAGAAGUUAGGAAUUGAUGACCUUGUUCAUUUUGAUUAUAUGGAUCCUCCCGCACCUGAAACCAUGAUGCGUGCUUUGGAAGAACUCAAUUACCUUGCUUGUUUAGAUGAUGAUGGUAAUUUAACUCCACUAGGCCGUAAGGCUUCUGACUUCCCCCUUGAUCCCAAUCUGGCUGUGAUGUUAAUCAGGAGUCCUGAGUUCUAUUGCUCCAACGAAGUACUGUCUCUUACUGCUCUUUUAUCCGUACCCAGUAUAUUUGUGCGUCCUAAUUCUGCUAGAAAGCUUGCUGAUGAAAUUCGCCAGCAAUUUGAACACCCCGAUGGCGAUCAUCUGACUUUAUUAAAUGUAUAUCAUGCUUAUAAAUCCAGUGAAGGCACAUCCGAUUGGUGCUGGAAUCACUUUUUAUCUCACAGAGCUUUAAUUAGUGCUGACAAUGUUCGAAACCAACUUAGAAGAACAAUGGAACGACAACAAGUAGCUUUGAUUUCCACUCCUUUCGAGGAUAAAAACUAUUAUGUGAACAUACGAAGAGCUCUUGUCAGCGGCUUUUUCAUGCAAGUUGCUAAAAAAUCUGCUAAUGGUAAAAAUUAUGUGACUAUGAAGGAUAAUCAAAUGGUAUCCCUUCAUCCUUCUUGCGGAUUGUCGGUCACUCCAGAAUGGGUUGUAUACAAUGAAUUUGUGUUAACAACCAAGAGCUUCAUACGUACUGUUUCUUCUGUUCGACCUGAAUGGCUGGUUGAAUUGGCUCCCAACUAUUACGAUCUUGAUGAUUUUGACAAUAACAAAGAGGUAAAGUCAGCACUUCAAAAAAUUUACCAAAUGGCCGCUAGAUCUAAGAAGGUAUCUCGAAAGUAAUUAAGAUCGAAUUUUGAGUGGAGUUUCGGUUUGCUUCUGUGCUAGCUCAUUCUUUUUGUCUUUUUGUUAAUAUACUUGAAAUUUUUUGUAAUAUAGACCUUCCUUUAAGGGAUAUUGGAUAUCAGAAAUAGGUAAUAAUGGAUCUUAUUAAAAUUGUUUAGAAGUUACGUUGCUUAUGUAAAUAUUUUAA